GAGUGAGAGAGAGCGUGAGAGAGUGUCAUCAGCUGUUUGGAGAAGAAGAAGAGUAAUGUGAUGUUUCUAUCUGGAAUUCUGACUCCACAGUGAUAGUCACAAGAAAGAAGCAGCCGACUGUGGACUUUAUACCUGCUCUUUACACAUUUUUCUCUUUUUUUUUCUUUUUCAUUUUACAUUUUAAAUUUCUAAUGCUUUCUGUGUGAUGGCUAAUAUUUCAUUAGUUGAUGUGGGAGUUUUGUUGUUAAUCGUGGUGACUGCAACGUUGGCAAAUGGUUUCUUAUCUGGCAAAGAUGUGAACCACAGGAAGGAGGUGGAGGAGGCCAAGCUGGACGAGCUUAUGCCUGGAGAUAAUGCGGACGACCUGGCCGGUGGUCACACUUGUGCUGCCUGUGAGGCGUCCAGACUCAGGAGGAGAGCAAAGAGAUGCACAUGCUACAGUUACAAAGACAAGGAGUGUGUGUAUUACUGCCACCUAGACAUCAUCUGGAUCAACACACCAGAGCAUACUGUCCCAUAUGGUGUGUCCAGUUAUGCCGGUUCCCUGCGUAUGAGGCGCUCUGCUGGUAUUGUUCAACAGAGGAAAGGAGCACAGAAGCAGCGCUGUGUGUGUGAACAAAGGACUGACUCCAACUGCAGCCACUUCUGCAUUGAGAGCAGACAGAGGAGGCCACCUCAAAUAGACAAGAUGACAGCACGUGUGCGCAGUGGGCCUGCCAAGAAGCACAAGAACGGCGUUUGAGUCGAAGACUCUGCGACAUGGACACAUGUUUGUCACAUGUGCUCAGUGACUCAUCCUCAGACUGACGGAUGAUAUAACCACAAAGCUGCUCACACAAAAACUGAAAGUGAGCCGGACUGCGGAACAGCUGAACAGAGAGAGCGCUCUCUGCCUCUGUUGGACAGGUGUGGGUGAUGUUUUUUUUUUAUUUUAUUUUCCUGUCACAAAUGUGGAUGUUGUAUAUGGCCAGU